CUUCACUGCUUGUUUCUGGACAAAUAAUGAUGUAACACAGUCGGUCUCGCAGAGCUUCCGCCACAGUGGGCAGGAUUAUGAAAGCGCGACUUGUGUCCACAUCGUAGUUAACUGCGCCACUAAAAAAAAGCCCAGCAUCCAGCAGGCGGAUGGCCGCGUUCGGAUGGCUCAUUUAGGACCUCGGCUCGGAGCGUCACGCAUCUUCGUCCCCCUCAGACUCCUCGCUACGGCCGGCAUGGCCGACAUGGGUCUGGCAACAAGUCGCUCCCCGCUCGAGCGGCUCGACUUCGACAACGUCGCCCUGAAGAGGCUCCCCGUGGACCCGUCCGAGGAGCCCGGCGUGCGUCAGGUGAAAGGAGCGUGUUUCUCCCGCGUGAAGCCGCAGCCGCUCGCCGGUUCCCGGUUCGUGGCCGUGUCCCGCGAAGCCCUCGCGCUGCUGGGGCUCGACGCAGAGGAGGUCGCGAGCGAUCCGCUCGCGCCGGAGUACCUCAGCGGGUCCAGACUCAUGCCCGGCUCCGAGCCCGCCGCCCACUGCUACUGCGGCCAUCAGUUCGGGCAGUUCGCCGGGCAGCUGGGCGACGGGGCGGCCUGCUACCUGGGGGAGGUGAAGGUGCCCCCCGGUCAAGAUCCCCAACUGCUGCGGGAAAACCCGAGCGGUCGGUGGGAGAUCCAGGUGAAAGGAGCUGGCCUCACUCCUUAUUCCAGACAAGCUGAUGGCCGUAAGGUCCUGCGCUCCAGCAUCAGAGAGUUCCUGUGCAGCGAGGUCAUGCACUUCCUGGGUGUUCCCACCACCAGAGCGGCCUCCGUGGUGACCUCCGACACCAGGGUCAUACGAGACGUCUACUACAGCGGGAAUCCCCGGAAUGAGCGAUGCUCCGUGGUCGUCCGCGUCGCUCCCACCUUCCUCAGGUUUGGAUCCUUUGAGAUCUUCAAGCAGGCCGACGAGCACACUGGCCGCCAGGGGCCCAGCUGCGGACGGGAUGAGAUCCGCGGUCAGAUGAUGGAUUAUGUCAUUGAGAUGUUUUACCCUGACAUCCAGCAGGACCACCCGGAUAGGGUGGAGAGGAACGUGGCUUUCUUCAGAGAGGUGAUGCGCCGCACGGCUCGAGUCGUGGCCCAGUGGCAGUGUGUGGGUUUCUGCCACGGAGUCCUGAACACGGACAACAUGAGCAUCCUGGGACUCACCCUGGACUAUGGUCCAUAUGGCUUCAUGGACAGGUUUGAUCCGGAUUUCAUUUGCAACGCCUCGGACAACUCGGGCCGGUACUCCUACCAGGCCCAGCCAGCCAUCUGCAGGUGGAACCUGGUGAAGCUGGCGGAGGCACUUGCUCCGGAGCUGCCACCGGACCGGGCGGAGGCCGUCAUGAGCGAGUACCUGGACGUGUACAACGGCUUCUACCUCGAGACCAUGAGGAGGAAGCUGGGCUUGCUGAAGAAGGACGAGCCAGAGGACGAGGCGCUGAUCACAGAGCUGCUGCAGACCAUGCACAACACAGGCGCCGACUUCACAAACACCUUCCGUGGCCUGAGUCAGAUCUCCUGUCCCGCCGAGGGAGAAAGUGAAGGAGGAGGAGAAGAGCUUGUCGAGAAAGCCGCGGCCCUCCUGCUGGAGCAGUGUGCCUCCUUCGAGGAGCUGAAGGCUGCAAACAAACCUGCGAUGGAUCCACGCGAGCUGGCGAUGUUGCUCUCUAUGGCUCAGAGCAACCCGGCGCUGUUCCAGAUGAUCUCCGACAGGGCGACGAUUUCCAGGCAGUUGGAAAAGCUCAGCAAGCUGAAGGACCUGACGGAGGCUGGUCCGGACGAGCUGAAAACCAAACAGGCCGAGGACUGGAGCCGAUGGAUCACGCGCUAUAGGAAGCGCCUGUUCCGGGAGCUGGAAGGCCAGAGUGAUGUGCAGGCGGUACAGGACGAGAGGGUGAGGGUGAUGGACAGCACCAACCCUCGCGUGGUGCUCCGCAACUACAUUGCCCAGAAUGCAAUUGAGGCCGCUGAGAAGGGAGACUUCUCUGAGGUCCAGCGUGUGCUCGCCGUUCUGGAGAAGCCGUUCUCUUCGCAGCCAGCUGUGGAGCUCCCUGCGUGGGUGGACGGAGGCGCGGCCACCAAGCCGACGGAGAGGGACGAAGGAGAGGACGACCAGCAGCAGCAGCAGCAGCAGCAGGAGGGGGCGGCGGCCUCUAAAUCCACAGCCAGAAAUCCUGUUCCCUAUGACAGCCGGCCCCCGGCCUGGGCGCGUGAAAUCUGUGUCACAUGAUCUUCGUAACAGCUUCCUCGAUCGUCUUGCGCUUGUGCUGAUGAUGACGAAAGUCUACUGGAGUGGAUAUUGGCAUUUUGAUGUCCUCUUCCACUUCACGUACAACUCUCCAUGACAUCGGCAGGCGGCGUCAGGGAAGUUAGCGCGAGGUAUGACACCCCAUAGGCUACCCAGCUGAACCAAAGCAGACAGGCGAGGGGGGGGGGGGUUGAAUUUAGGGGAUUUCAACCUGCCGCAUAAAGACACAAAAAUAAUGACGUGGUAAAAAAAAGAUUGGUAGUUUUUUGAAAUGUCUCAGGAAAGAACUUUAAAUGUCCUUAACACAAUCCGUGGUGACUUGAUGAGGAAAAUUGAUAGGUGAGUGUUAUUUUAAAGUGGAGUUCUUUCCUUGAAUGUAAGACAAAUGGCAGAAAAAUAUCCAAAUUUAUUGCUCUUUUGACUUUUCUUGGAAAGCGGUCAGCCUGUCCCCUGUCUGCUUGGUGUUUGACUGGCUAUUGAUGACGACUCAGACAACAAGUCCUACAGCAACCUGUCUGACUCUGACAAUCUGUGAGGUGUCACCACAACAUGAACCAAAUAACACGUGUGCAUGAGAGAAAUUGCGGUUAUGAUAAUGUUUUGCUUGUGGGGUAACCGAGUCAUUGCACUUGAACCGAUAAGCCGUUAAACGCACAAUACUGUUUAUUCUCUAUUUUAUUUAUAUAUGUGUGUAGCAUCACCCUUUUGCCUUCUGUCAUAACACCUCUUUAUAGGCUUGGAGCCACAACCAUACUUUCACUUUUUUGUUACUUUACAUGUCUAACACAUAUAUUGUGGAUGUAGAGUUCAGCUUAGGGGAAAAUAGGAUUUGUGUGUUGAAUUUAGCCAUUUUAGCCAGGAUGUGAUUGUGUAAACUUCUUUGGUAAAGAUCUAUUUACUAUUAAUAUAUGUGCAAUAAGUUGCAGAAUUAACAUGAAACGUUGCAUAUUUCUUUAAUAAACAUGGACUUUAUUGUUGCCAGUUACACACCUG